AGGGUCCCUGGUUGCCUUAGUAACCACUCGGCUCUCUGUUCACCAGUGGCACCUGCCGCCGGCGCUAAGAUGGAGCCCGCGAAGCCGGAGCGUCAGCUCCAGCGGUUUUACCACCGACUGCUGCGUCCGUUGUCUCUCUUCCCCACUAACGCGACGUCCCCAGAGCCUCAGAAGCGCCCCCGACAGGAGGGCCGGAUUCUGCAGUCCUUCCCUCUCGCGAAGCUGACGGUGGCGUCGCUAUGCAGCCAGGUGGCCAAGCUGCUGGCCAGCAGCGGGAUGUCAGCGCGAGUGCCUCCUGAAGCCCGACUACGUCUCAUCAAGGUCAUCCUGGAUGAGCUGAAGUGCAGCUGGCGGGAGCCGCCCGCCGAACUUAAUCUGAGCCACAAGAACAACCUGAAGCUCCGGAAGCGUCUCGAGGCCUACGUGCUGCUGAGCAGCGAGCAGCUCUUCUUGCGCUACCUGCACCUGCUGGUGACCAUGUCGACCUCCAGAGGGGUCUUCACUGAAUCAGCCACCCUUACCCGGUUGGCCGCCAGCCUCGCCAGGGACUGCACACUCUUCCUCACCAGUCCCAACGUCUACCGUGGCCUGCUCGCCGACUUCCAGGCCCUGCUGAAGGCAGAGCAGGCCUCUGGAGGUGUGGACAAGCUUCGCCCCGUCUGCCCCGCCGGGACGUUCAAGCUGUGUCCCAUCCCCUGGCCUCACAGCACUGGCUUCGCCCAAGUGCAGUGCUCUAACCUCAACCUAAAUUACCUCAUCCAACUCAGUCGUCCACCAGAGUUUCUCAGUGAGCCAGGAAAGAUGGAUCCAGUGAAGGAAUUGAAGUCCAUCCCUCCGCUGAAGAAGAAAAAGCCUCUUCACUGGCUGCCCUCCUUAGGAAAGAAGAGAGAAAUCGACAUCAGUUCCUCACCGAUGGUGUCGAUGCCCAGCUAUCCUGUGGCUCCUACCAGCAGGGUUUCCCCGUCGCCUUUGUACUCCGAGCUCCAGAGAAGCCAAUCCAUGCCCUCCCUGCGUGAGGGCUGGAGACUGGCAGAUGAGUUGGGCCUUCCUCCACUCCCAUCUUGCCCCUUAACCCCGCUGGUCUUGGCUACAGAGAGCAAACCAGAGCUGACUGGGUACAUCGUGGCUGAGGAUCUGAAGCAGUUGAUAAAGAACAUGAAAUUGGAGGGGACUCGCUACCCACCCCUGGGCCUGCCUCCUCUCCUGGGGGUUGUGACCCGUCCCCCAGCUGCAGGGCAUCACCUGGAGGAGCUGGAGAAGAUACUGAAGAACCUCCAGGAGGAAGAGACCUCUGGGCAGUGGGACCCCCAGCCACCCAAUUCCUUUCCACUUCACCCACAGCCAGUGACCAUUACUUUGAAGCUUAGGAAGGAGGUUGUGGUCCAGGUGGCUGCUGUACAGGUGUCUGAUAGAAACUUUUUAGACUCUUUCCACGUUGAGGGGGCUGGAGCCCUAUAUAACCAUCUGGUUGGUGAACUGGAUCCUAAAGCCAUUGAAAAAAUGGAUAUUGAUAACUUUGUUGGCAGUAGUACCAGGGAGGUCUAUAAGGAGUUGAUGAGCCGGGUCUCUGCUGACCACUUACAUUUUGAUCAAGGGCCCCUAGUUGAGCCUGCAGCAGAUAAAGACUGGUCAACCUUCCUGUCCUCAGCCUUUCUACGUCAAGAAAACCAGUCUCGAAUCAUCAACCCUGAGCUGGUUGGACUUUACUCCCAAAGAGCAAACACUUUACAGUCCGAUGCUGAGAAGACGUCCCCCUUCCCAUCACCCCAAGCUACCAAAAGCUGGGAGAGGUGGUCAAACAAGCCCUCCUUGAUGAACUGGUGGAAAACCACCUUGUCUGUGGAUGACUACUUCAAGUACCUUACCAACCAUGAAACAGAUUUCCUUCAUGUAAUCUUUCAAAUGUAUGAAGAAGAGGUUCCUGGGGAGACUGUGGCCCCUGUCAGUGAGUCCCUAGAGUUUCAGCACCCUCCCCCAUUGCUAGAAGAUGAAGAACCAGACUUUGUGCCAGGAGAAUGGGAUUGGAACACUGUGCUAGAGCACAGGCUAGGAGCUGGGAAAACCCCCCACGUGGGAGAAUCACACAAUACCCUGAGCCUACAGAAGCGUCUGCAACAACUGUGGUCUGUGCUUGAGGUCCCCGACAAAGACCGGGUGGACAUGGUCAUUAAGUACAGCUCCAAAGCCCGUCUGAGACAGCUGCCUUCAUUGGUGAAUGCCUGGGAGCAGGCCCUGAAGCCCAUUCAGCUGCGGGAGGCGUUGCUAGCGAGACUAGAGUGGUUUGAGGGACGAGCUUCCAACCCCAACCGCUUCUUCAAAAAGACAAACUUGAGCUCCAGUCACUUCCUGGAGGAGAAUCAGAUCCGAAGCCAUCUCCACAGGAAGCUUAACUUCAUGGAGUCUUCUUUGGCUUCCCUCCUGGAGGAGAUUGAGUCAAUCUUCGGCGAGCCAGUGAUCUUCAAGGGGCGGCGCUACCUGGACAAGAUGAAGAGCGACAAAGUGGAGAUGCUCUAUUGGCUGCAGCAGCAGCGGCGGGUUCGCCAUUUGGUGUGGGCCCUGAAGCCCCCCCACCAGUCAGCCCUGUUCAAGAGCUCAGCAGCCAGCCUUUGGUAGCUCCUAGAAAUACCCAUAUUAUCCCUUGACCAGGCCCAGUGUCCUCAAAUGCCUCCCUUACCCCCAAAUGGCCAGCAGCUCAUCUAGACCUCUUUACUGCUUUGGAAGAAGAAAUAUUUGUCUAUAUCUGGGAGUGCAGGGUUCAGGAACAUUAUGCUUCCAACUAUGAAGGGACUGGGACUAAAACUAUUGUUGUCACAGUGAAACUCUCAUAAAAGAAUCCCCAAGCCUGGUAGUCCCAUUAUGUCAAGCAUUGCACAAUACAACCCAAAUCUCUUACCCUCAAAAGAACUGAGGGCUGGGCAUGGUGGCUCAUGCUUAUAAUCCAAGCACUUUGGAGGCCAA